AUGCCGUUGUCUUCUUCUUUCCAGAAGAUGCUCGGCAAGAACAAACAGAACGACCAGGCUGGUGCGAUGUCAGGCGAGACGACACCACGCAAUAAUGCCAGCGUGAUCGAGAAGGAUGCAGUCGUGGCUGAGAAGGCGGACGUCGACAACUCCAAGGUCAGGAUCUUCACCGUCCGAGUCUUUGUCAUGGCAUUGAUUGUCAGUAUCGGUGGUCUCAUCUUUGGCUACGAUACUGGUCAGAUCUCCGGGUUUUUGGAAAUGGACGAUUUCAAAAACCGAUUUGGUGAGAAUGGCGCUUUCAGUAAUGUGAGGUCUGGCACCAUCGUUGGACUUCUAUCUAUCGGUACCUUGAUCGGAGCCAUUGGCAGCGCGCCAAUUGCUGAUAAGUUCGGCCGCAAGAUCUGCAUCAUCACCUGGAACAUCGUCUUCAUCAUAGGCGUGAUCAUCCAGAUCUCGACAACACGCCACUGGUAUCAAGUUGCUAUCGGGCGCUGGGUUGCCGGACUUGGCGUCGGCGGCCUUUCCGUACUCACACCUAUGUAUCAAUCGGAGACCGCGCCUCGCCAAGUCCGUGGUGCGUUGGUCAGUUGCUAUCAGCUGUUCAUCACGGCUGGAAUCUGGCUAGCUUAUAUCAUCAACUUUGGAACGCACAACCUUGGUGGACCCCAGCAAUGGCGAAUUCCCAUGGGCAUCGGUUUCAUAUUUCCCGCCAUCAUGGCGAUAGGUAUCUUCUUCUUACGAGAGUCGCCCCGUUGGGACUACCGCAAUAACCAUAUCGAUCGUGCCCGCGCGACCAUCGCGAAAUCCUACGGCGUGCCGAUCAAUCAUUGGGAAGUAAAUCGUGAGAUGAGAGACAUUAAGGCCAAGUUUGACGCCGAGACUGCCGGUGGUGGAAAGCCCAAGUGGUAUGAAUGCUUCACUGGACCUCGUAUGGGCUAUCGUACAGCUUUGGGUAUCACCAUGCAAGCCCUGCAACAGUUGACCGGUGCCAACUUCUUCUUCUACUACGGCACGACCGUCUUCGCAAACAUCGGCCUGUCAGACUCAUUCGUGACAUCGAUCAUCCUUGGGUCCAUCAAUUUCGGCAUGACCUUCCCCGGCCUUUACGUAGUAGAACACUUCGGUCGCCGGCGAGCACUGAUGACCGGCGCACUGUGGAUGUUCAUGUGCUUCAUGGUCUUCGCGUCGGUCGGUCACUUCCUGCUCCAGCAAGGCGUGCAGAUCCAUACUGCAGGCACGGUCAUGAUCAUUUUCGCAGCACUUUUCAUCGCAGGCUACGCUAUGACCUGGGGACCGAUCGUAUGGGCUGUGAUCGGCGAGCUCUUCCCUACACGCUACCGAGCAACCUGCAUGGGUCUGUCAUCCGCCAGUAAUUGGAUAUGGAACUUUUUGAUCAGUUUCUUCACCCCAUUCAUCACAGCUGCGAUCGACUACCGCUACGGCUACAUCUUCGCCGCAUGCUCUUUCACGGCCGUUUUCGUCGUCUACUUCUUUCUCUGCGAGAGCAGUGGACGGUCGUUGGAGGAGAUCGACACGAUGUACAUCAUGCACGUCAAGCCUUGGCAGUCAAGCAAGUGGGAGCCGCCGGAAGAGGAGAUAUCGACCGAUGCUCUAUACCUGGAGCCAGGAGGCCGCAAUAUUCGCAAGGCAAAUGCUGCGGGAAUGGAGAAUGCUCACGGUGUUGAGGACGUACCACCACCAACGGAGCAGCAUGGCAUUCACGAUGUUUCUGGUACGGACUAUGAGGCUGAAGCUUCUGGUGUGAGGCAGGGGUCGAUUGUCAGGUAG